AUGUGGAGCGCUCGCUACCCUGCGGGGGUCUUUUUGUUACUUCUUGGCUGUCUCGGUGCAACCACCGAGGCUUACUGGCCAUAUACUUCUUUCAAGACCGGUCCCUGGCAACCUCCUCAGCUGCAGUUGAACAAAACAGCAGGCUUCGACCCAAGUCUAAUCUUUAUCCCCAUCCGAAACGAGAACACACUCGGCACUGCCGUGACUAUCUAUGAUAACGAUGGCGAAAUGGUCUAUCAGGGCCCCGAAGCUGCCAGCAUGGACUUUCGGGUACAGAGACUCUUCGGCGAGGAUGUACUCACCUACUGGUCCGGUGAGCUUGAAAUCGGCGGCGGCUAUGGUUAUGGCAAGGUUCAUAUCUUGGACAAGACAUAUCAGGAGAUCCACACUAUCACGUUGACCGACAAGUUCGUUACUGCCAACAAUGAGACACGCGACUCAUACAUCGAUGUACACGAGCACUAUAUCACCGACAGAAAUACCAUUCUAGUCUCCGCCAUCAACAUCACCCAGCAUGACCUGAGCUCUCUCGGUCGUCCUUCUGACUCGUGGAUUACCACCAAUCUGUUCUAUGAGAUUGACAUUGCCACUAACGAAGUCGUCUUCAAAUGGAAUGCUCUCGACCACCAGGAUAAAAUUCCGCUCUCCGAGUCUCGCCAAUGGAUAUACACGUAUCCCGUUCAAUCUAUGUCCUGGGAUCCGUACCACAUGAACUCAAUCACUCCCACUAAAGAUGGAUACAUUGUCUCCAUGCGCUUCUACUGGUCUGGGUAUUACCUGAACAAGGACGGUACUGUCCGCUGGCAGCUUUCGGGCGAUAUUGGAGACGGCAAUAUCACCGGCAAAGACCUUCGCUUCUCAUGGCAACACGAUAUUCGCAUAUACAACGAAACAGACGAGCACCUCGUCCUCAGCCUCUUCAACAACGCCAACAAAGUAAACAAAUCAAGCGAGACAACAGCAAUGCUCUUCGACAUCGACCUAACCACCAUGACCGGCUCACUCCUCCGAAAUCUAUCAGAUCCCACAGACCCAAUUUACGCCAACACCCAAGGAAAUCUACAGAUCCUCGGCGAAGAAACACAUACCUCGAACAUGUUCGUCGGCUACGGAUCCAGUCCAAAUGUCAAAGAGUAUAACGGUAAGGGCGAAGUUGUCCUAUCGGGAGAAUUCGGCGCCCUAGAACACGCCAUGUCAUACCGCGCUUUCAAAAAUAAAUGGGAGGCCACUCCAUUCUGGAACCCCGCUGCUGUGAUCGAAGAUGGGGUCGUUUAUAUGAGUUGGAAUGGCGCGACUGAGUAUGAUAACUGGGCCAUCUACUCCCUUCCGUCUCUGGACUCGAAUGCAACACAACCCAUAAGCACCCUUCCACGUACUGGCUUCGAGACCAAUAUGAGCAUUACUGAUAUUGAUGCGAAGUUUAUCAAGGUUGCUGCUCGCAAGGGUGAGACAAUCUUGCGAUUCAGUGAUCUGGUCGAG